UCAUCAAGGACUUUGCGUAAAAUCCAAGGUUUUUAAACAAAAUAGCCAGCCUGCCAAAGCUACUUGGACUCUUGGCAUUUUUAAAAUAACAUUGAUUACAGGAAUAUAACAGACAACUUUGCUCAUGAUUUGCUCUUUUCUGUUAUGUUUGACACUAUAUUAGAACAUUUAUCAGAGAUUUUAAAAAGCAAUUUUUACCUUUCAGAAAUUAUAUAUAGCAUCCUUAAAAGCAAUGUAAACACCAAGGAAGAAAUGCAAACCAUCAGACUUAGGGGUCAAGCACUGAAGUUGAUGAUCAAGAUUUAAGUGACAUCAAUGAGAGAGAGAUUAGGCCAUCGAGACUUAAAUGUACCCACAAGAUCAUUAAAGCAAUCCUUUGGUCUUUUUCAGACCAAAAAAAACAAACAAACAGUAUCAUCCACAUGUACAGUUUAUAAUGUUCUGGAUCGUUAUACGAAAAUAAUUAGAAAAGCAUUUUAAAGUCUGAUCCAAAGCCCAUUGAAGUGGAUGGGAGUAUUUACCCUGGACUUCAUGAGCUUUGAAUCAGGCUGAUAGCCUCAAACUUGAGUACAAGGGUUACAGAAGUUUAACACUGGAGAUAACAUGGCAGUAUUACUGUGCAGUAGUGUAGUGUUGGCACUGAAAGUUUAAAAAAAAAUCUUGCGGAAGCAUAAUAUACUCCUGUGUCAAAUGGAAAAUAACUCCUAUAAUAAGAAUAUUUGCCCCCAGCUACUGAUCUGAUUUAUUCCCUGAAAAAGUCAGAAGUGCUGACAGAAAUAUUGUUUGAGAUUUUUGGAUUAUUUUCUAUGUUCUUUGUUGCCUUUCACGUAUUUUAAUAUCUGCACACAUUUUGAAGGACACAUACAUUUUAUAUAUAUGCUUGGUAGAUUUUUUUUUUAUAAUGUCUAUUUAUUUGCAAGCAUUUUUAGAUAGCUAUUGAUUUUAAAUUUUCACAGAUAUAGGAAAUUAAGAGCAGAGAGUCAAAUAAUUAUUUAAUGACAGGAGAUGUUGCCGUUCAAAAAGUUAGUUUUCUAAACAGUUAAAACCCAAAUUGUCAACAUCACAUGUCAAAAUAUAUAGUCAAUAUCCUUAGAUAAACAAAGUAUACCUGUUUUUACCAUUCAUCUGCUAAUUUGUCACAAACUUAAUUCCAAACCAUUUCUUUCUUUGCCUAUUUAUAAAUUUUGAUUAUAUACGGAAAUUGUGUGUGGUCAGAUUGACAGCUACUGAUUAAAAAUGUAAUCCUUCUAUGCACCCCAGGUAUAUAAAUUCUUUCGGAAACAUGCACUUGCAUAAUAUCACUUUUUUCAGUUUAAAUACAGAUCUCAGCCUAACUUCUGCACUAAAUGACAGCUUGUGAAGUCAAUAGGAUUGCAUAAACGUAAACAGGGACAGAAUUUGGCGCAGAGUAUGUAACGGUGCACAAGGAAGUGAAACUCUUCAUGAUUUAAGGACUAAUUUAAUGUAUAAUUGACUAGCGGUGGCAGAGACAAGCAUUAAGCGAGCGCUACAUUUUACUCAAAAAAUUGCAAUCUUUCUUUUACACAUCCCAUUAAAAUCAAAUUAUGCUAUUUCGCCUCCUCCUGUAAUGGGUUAUGUUUCUCCCACAUCAGACAGAAUGUCUGUAAACUAACCAAGCUGGAGGUGUAAAGUUUUUAUCUUUCCCGUGGCUCGUAUUAUUUACUCUACUCGUACCAAGAAGGCUAGGCUUCUCCUCCUCUGCCGCUGGCGGGUCCGCACACUAAUGCGUUUGCAGGGACGUAAAACAAAUGCGGAGCCUGAUCAAAGCACGAAGUGAAGCAAAGCACGGCUGACUCUGGGCAAGCGAUGGCUGGAUGUGUGUGUUCCGAUGGCGGGAGGGAGGUAGCAGGCGGGCGCGGGGGAGGGGGGCUGCAAGCAGCCUCAAACGUGGUCCUGUUGUCAAAUCGGUGUUUUCUUCUUGUCAAUCUGCUCCGAUUGGGGAGACGUGUCUGGCUUCCCAAGCAAUCAGUGCGCAGGCGCAUAUCAUUCCCGAGUCCCAGUGAAAUGCUCUUGGACGUAGCAAGGGGAUCACCCUCUUUCUCUGUCUGCGUCUCCUUCCCUCUCUCCCCUCCCCCUACCUCUCUCUUUUCCUCUGCUUAGUCCAGGCCCCCUUGUUGUUUUUAACGUCGGCUACUCCCUAGGCAACUAUUCCCCCCCAGCUCCCGCUCCUCUAACCAGGCUCUCUGAAGCGAGUUCUGCCUGUUGAUUACUCCUUCCCCCCGCCCCCCUUUCCUUGCUUGAUUUCAAACCUUUGGAUGGUGUUUUGGUGUCAUUAGGAGAUUAUCAACCCUGGAGCUCCAGAGAGGGAGAGGGGGGGAGGCUGGAAUAAUAACACAACUGAGAUUUUGACUCUGUCCUGCAGCCAUCCCAGCGAUCUCUGGAUACCAGGUUGCAUCUGGGGGUGGCUGGAUCCCUCCCUAGGGCUGCUUCUGGUUGCUAGUAGAUUGGCUCUGGUUGCCGGCUCCUAGGAGGCUUUGCAGCUGGGGGUUGCCGGCUCCUAGUUGGCGGCUGCUGCUGCUCCAGCUCGCAGCCCCCUCCCUCUAUGAGCAGAGAGGCAGAGGAGCAGCAGCAGCAGCAGGGGACGCCAGGAGGAGCAUUCGUUUCCCGGGGUUUAUGAAUGGCACUGACAUGGAGGAAAUACCGUUUCAGAAAGUCAAGAACAAGAGGAAGAAGUGCUGCCACUGCUGCUGCUCCCCCCCGGCCGCGGCGGGCGCGGGCGCCGGGCUGGGGGGACCCCCUCCGCUGCUGCUGCUGGAUGCCAUCGCCUGCGAGGACGAGUUCGACUGCAAGGAGCUGGAGUCCCUCUUCCAGAGCUACAACCUGAAGCUGGAGCAGACCUCCACCCUCAAGGCACUGGCCGUGCUCAUCGUGCUGACCGCCAGCCUGGCCCUGGUGGAGCUGCUCUCCGGCCCCAGCCUGACCAUCUCCAAGGGCUCGCACCCGGUGCACUGCAUCAUCUUCCUCUCCCUCUUCAUCGUCACCAACGUCAAGUACCUGCAGGUCACCCAGCUGCAGCAGAUCGUCAAGCUCACCCUGCUCUUCAGCUUCACCUUCUCCUUCCUCUGCUGCCCCUUCUCGCUGGGCGCCUACGGCCUGGAGCCCCCUAGCGCCCCCGAGCAGGGCAUGUGGCAGCUCAUGCUGGUCACCUUCGUCUCCUACUCGCUGCUGCCCGUGCGGACCCUGCUAGCCAUCGUCUUCGGGCUGGUGGUGGCGGUCUGCCACCUCAUCGUCACCGCCACCUCGGUCAGUGCCAAGAGGCAGCGGCUCUGGAGGACGCUCAUGGCCAAUGCUAUCCUGUUUGUCAGUGUAAAUUUGUAUGGGGUCUUUGUGAGGAUUUUGACUGAAAGGGCUCAGAGGAAGGCAUUCCUUCAGGCCAGGAACUGCAUAGAAGACAGGCUAAAGCUGGAGGAUGAAAAUGAAAAACAGGAGCGUCUCUUGAUGAGUCUUUUGCCCAGGAACGUUGCCAUGGAAAUGAAAGAAGAUUUCCUGAAGCCACCCGAAAGGAUUUUUCACAAGAUUUACAUUCAAAGGCAUGACAAUGUUAGCAUUUUGUUUGCAGACAUUGUGGGGUUCACUAGUUUGGCAUCACAGUGCACUGCUCAAGAGCUGGUGAAGCUUCUGAAUGAACUCUUUGGCAAGUUUGAUGAAUUAGCUACAGAAAACCACUGCAGAAGAAUCAAAAUUCUAGGGGACUGUUACUAUUGUGUAUCAGGAUUGACACAGCCCAAAACAGACCAUGCUCACUGCUGUGUCGAAAUGGGACUGGAUAUGAUUGACACCAUCACGUCUGUAGCAGAAGCCACUGAAGUGGAUCUCAACAUGAGAGUUGGACUACACACAGGCAGGGUGCUUUGUGGGGUCCUAGGUCUCCGCAAAUGGCAAUAUGAUGUCUGGUCAAAUGACGUGACUCUAGCAAAUGUAAUGGAAACUGGAGGAUUGCCUGGGAAAGUUCACAUAACAAAGACCACCUUAGAGUGCCUAAACGGUGACUAUGAGGUAGAACCAGGGUAUGGCCAUGAAAGGAACAGUUUCUUGAAGAAGCAUAAUAUUGAAACAUUUUUUAUUGUACCGUCCCAUCGGAGGAAGAUAUUUCCAGGACUGAUUCUCUCAGACAUAAAGCCUGCCAAAAGGAUGAAGUUCAAAACAGUUUGCUACCUGCUGGUCCAGCUCAUGCAUUGUCGUAAGAUGUUCAAAGCUGAGAUACCUUUCUCCAAUGUCAUGACAUGUGAGGAUGAUGAUAAGAGGAGAGCAUUAAGAACAGCCUCUGAAAAACUCAGGAAUCGUUCCUCUUUUUCUACGAAUGUGGUACACACCAGCCCAGGAACUCGAGUAAAUAGAUACAUCAGCCGUUUGAUAGAGGCCCGGCAAACUGAGUCCGAGAUGGCUGACUUGAAUUUCAUUACCCUCAAGUAUAAACAAAUUGAACGUGAGCAUAAAUACCACCAGCUUCAGGAUGAAUACUUCACCAGUGCUGUAGUUCUUUCGCUAAUUCUAGCUGCCUUAUUUGGCUUUGUCUACCUUUUAAUAAUCCCACAGAGUACCAUAGUCCUCGUCCUCCUGGUGUUCUGCAUAUGCUUCCUAGUGGCUUGUAUUAUGUACCUACAUGUCACACGAGUACAGUGUUUUCCAGGGUGCCUGACAAUACAAAUUCGUACCAUUUUGUGUAUUUUUAUUGUGAUCUUAAUUUACUCUGUGGCUCAAGGGUGUGUGGUUGGAUGCAUGCCUUGGGUAUGGAGUACGAAUUCCAGCAGUUCCAUUGUUAUCAUUUCUCCCGGUGGAAUGAAUAAAACAAUGAAUGAACUUCCAUGUGAUACAGCCCAUUAUGCUUUCCUUUCCUGUGUUGUGGGGACUCUUACCUUGGCAAUAUUUCUACGUGUCUCUUCCUUGCCAAAAAUGAUCCUCCUGCUUUUUGUUACUAUUUUGUACAUAGUUGUUCUGGAACUCAGCGGAUACAGAAAAGCAGUAGGGGGUGGCUCCUUUUAUAUGCGUGGCUAUGAACCUAUAUUAGCCAUUUUGCUGUUUUCUUGUGCGUUGGCACUUCAUUCCAGGCAGGUGGACUUGAAGUUACGUCUGGACUACCUCUGGGCUGUACAGGCAGAAGAAGAGAGAGAUGAUAUGGAGAGAGUAAAGCUGGAUAAUAAAAGAAUUCUCUUCAAUCUCUUGCCAGCACAUGUUGCACAGCACUUUCUUAUGUCUAACCCUAGGAACAUGGACCUUUAUUACCAGUCAUAUUCACAAGUGGGAGUGAUGUUUGCUUCCAUCCCAAAUUUCAACGAUUUCUACAUUGAACUGGAUGGCAAUAACAUGGGAGUGGAGUGUUUACGCCUCUUAAAUGAAAUUAUUGCCGAUUUUGAUGAGCUUCUGGACAAAGAAUGUUAUAAGGACAUAGAAAAGAUCAAGACAAUUGGCAGUACAUAUAUGGCAGCCGUAGGACUUGUACCAACUACAGGAACUAAGGCUAAAAAAUCAAUUGUUUCCCACUUGAGUACACUGGCAGAUUUUGCAAUAGAGAUGUUUGACGUUCUUGAUGAAAUCAACUAUCAGUCUUACAACGACUUUGUCCUCCGAGUUGGUAUUAAUGUUGGGCCUGUAGUGGCAGGAGUUAUUGGGGCCAGAAGACCACAAUACGAUAUCUGGGGCAACACUGUAAACGUUGCCAGCAGAAUGGAUAGUACUGGAGUGCAGGGUAAAAUUCAGGUGACAGAAGAAGUUCAGCGGAUAUUAAAGAGGUGCACUUACGAGUUUGUGUGCCGAGAGGUUUUACAUGCGCAUGAAGAUUAUAAAUCCUUUGGAAAUGGACAUCCUUUUGUUUUUCCUUGCAAUCUACUGCAUGCCACACAUGCCUGACUUCAGUAAAACAAAAGAAAACAGUAAGUUUUUCCUAAAUAUUUUUGACAUAUCACUUUUGACGGAGUUUAAUUCACUAGUUGCAUGUGCAUUCUGCAAAGCAAAAGCAAAAUACCAACAGCAAAACAAAGAGAAACUGUAACCUAAUAAUCACGCCAACCUCAGUGUUGCUUAAUCCAUGUUAUGGUAUAUGAAAUGUGCUAUCAACAUCUAUGCUAUCUUUUAAAAAGUACCUUUUGGUCAUUAGAAGCAAUAAAUUAAACACCAUUUACUGUAAAAUAAAAAUGAAUGGAAAUAUUAGUUUCUAACUGUGUAACAAGUCUGGCAUUCAACAGGUACUGUUUGAUUUAGGACAGGCAUCAAGGGAGAAAGAGCCAUUGUCAAAUUCAUAAGUGUGGUGAGCAGGCACAAUUCAUUUGAAGGGAAAAAAAGUAAAUUUGGCCCAUUGAUGUUACCCAGAUUGUUUUUUAAUGUAGUAAUAAAUACUACAGUUAUUGUAUCUGAGAAAUACACUAUACAAAGACAUCAUUUUCAUAUAAAUAUAUAUGUGUGUAUAUAAUAAACGUUUCAUUCUAUGGCCUUAUUUUUUGACUCAUGUUGCAAAAUGACCCAUAGUUCAAAAUAUAAAAGUGCUGCAUAUAAUUGUGAUAAAAAAAAUACAUAAACUUGGCUUUUCUGUGUUGGUUUUUCUGGGACCUCCUGUAUAAGGCACCAAUCAUACUCCCACUGAAGUCAAUGGCAAAUCUACCAUUGGCUGCAAUGGUGCAGUAUCGGACCCUGAGCCAGCUUUUGAUGUCAAGUGCAUUUGUAUAACAGAUCAGAAUCUGUCCCUUUAACUGAUUGUAGUUUUUGCUUCAAAGCAAUUUAAUCCCAUUCAUUGCGGGGAAGAUGGGAAAGUUAUUCCAAAGCCAAUCUCCAAUUCAAUGUCUCAGGAAAACUUUAAAUCCUUAUAAUGUUGUGCUGUAAUAUCUGUUACUAUAGCUAACAAUAUUUGACAAACUAUUUACACAACUGCAAUUCUGCUACAUAAUAAUUCAAUAAUGUAUUUGAGACCACUAACCACAGAACAGCACUGAGGCUGAUGGAAGUGGAAAAAGUGUAUGCACUUUGUAUAGUACACAGAAUUUAUGCUGUGGGUUAACAUGGACUUCUUACAUUUUGCAGACUUUUAUCUGGUAUUAUUACAGGGCUUGAAACCCUUUCACGUGACUGCCUGGUUAAUUAACACUAGUGUUUCUAUAAGUAACCUUGUCAUCAUAAAGGCAGACAUCGAUCCAUGUAUCUAAAUUGGCUUCAUACAUGAAUCAUUACAUCCUAUUGAAUGACUAGCUUCAUAUGACAAUUAAGGAUUUUCUAAACCCAUUUAAUAGUAUGUAUAGAUUAAUUCAUCUCAAAUUCAGUACGUUUUUAUUGUAAAUGUGAUAUAUUUGUUAUGAGUAAUGACAGUCUGGACUCUUGCACCUCUGCUUAUCUAUUCCCCUACUCCUAUCAUCACCCUAACCCUCUUCUUCACGUUCAUAUAUUGCUUUCUCCCCCUUUCCAUCUAAUUGUCUCCCUCUUUCUCCAUUUUGUCCCCUUCCUUACCGAGUGUUUGUACUACACCUUACACACAUUCUCCUGUCACAGCCAUCCAACCUGCCCCAUCACAGCCCAUCUUGCUGGUAGUGUCAUUUUAACUGGGAGCUGCCUGUUGGUCCUUAUUUCCCUUUUUGAACUGCCAGACAGCACCUCACAGGCUGACUAGCCUAGAAUGGGCCAAACUGCAGCAACGGCAAGGACUGGGAGGGCAAUUAAAAAGCACGAAGCAGGUAGGGGGUCCAAAAUGCUGAAAGGGAUGAAAAUCUAUGGUAAAGAAAAGGAAUAGUACUGGUCUGAUACUGCACCCUUUGAACUUAAAGGUGAAAUUCCCAAUGGAUUUAGUGGUGCGUAGGCCCCGACUCAGCAAGGUAUUCAAGCAUGUGCCUAGUUUCAACUGGAUUUAGGCAUGUGCUUAAAAUUAAGUAAGUGCUUAGCUGAAUCAGGGCCAAAUUUGUAUUGUUUGUUUACGUUUUCACAAUAAAGUGUAAGAUCUCUCAAUAGGCUGGUUUUUUACCUGUAUUCAGAAUUUUAAACUAAUUUGGAAUGUUGUUUUUCUCUUUUUUUUUUAAAUGUCUGUUUUAUAAUCACAAUAUUUCAGACUGUGGCUUAGCACUGAUUAAUGUACAUGGCCAAUGUGCCUAAGCACUUGGCUUUGCUUGUGCCUUACCGUAUGGUUUAGGGGACCGGUUCUCCUUUCCACUACUCCAGUUUUAUCCACUGUGCUUCCAUUGAAAUCAAAGAAGUCAGUCACGCCAUCUGAAAACUGGUGGAACAGAAUGGAGAGUCAGGCUGCAUCUGUAUAGAGCAUUUUUACCACUUCCUCCCCAAUUUGAUCUAGCACAAACACAAAUGCACCAGUGCCAUCAGCGGUGGAAGUGCUUGUGUUGUCCACACACAGGAAUGUUUACCACCAUUAUUGUUAUUUAUUAUUAAGGAGCCUGCUUUUAAAAAGUGUUCAGCUCCCAUUUAAAAAGCUAAAUAAGGGCCAGAUUCUCCUAAAUCCUCAGCAUCCAACAUGCUAAUCUAGUUUGAGAAUUUGGCUGGUUAUUUUGGUGCCUAAAUGGGAGAGCUGGCCCUAUACUGUACAAAACAGACAUCUUGAUAACACCUAUUUCCAAUCUACAGUAUCACUCUCACAUUUAUUAGCACCAAUGUAACUGUAUCUGUGCUAGACCAAUGGUGUUAAAACUAUUAAAAAUUCUCAUUGUACACUAGGCCAAGGUGUGGAUUAAUUACUGCUAUUGCACGCUCCAUUGUGUCUUACUGCUAAAGUGCCUGGCAUGUGACUUUUGUCCCAGAUGUGUUGAUGCUGGGAGCAGUUAUGACAGAUUGGAAUUAGCAAAUUGAAGUCAUUUUAGGCUGUUGUAAAACCUGUAUUAUUUAGAAACCUAGAGAUUUUUUUUUCUUCACUUUCAGUUGGAAAUCCAAGUGAUACAUCAAUGUGUUCUAAUUAAAUGUAGAUUAAGGUUAAUUGUGUGUACUACUAAAUAAAAUUACUUAACAUUUUUAAAGAGUAGCCCCAAUAAAAACCUUCUCUCGUUACUCUUGCUUUUGCUUUGAUAACCAUAUUGAACAUUUGCAGCCUGAUUUUCAAAACUGUGUAACGGUAAAUUGACUGCCUGAUUUGCACACACACACUGCAAAUUUGUAACAUUUGCAUUUACAGAUUUGGAUUCAGCGUAUGCAAAUAGUGAGCUAUCUGUGCAUCCAGACAGGCAGUUAAACUCACAAGUAGGCAACUAGAAGGGAAAGUCCUAUAAAACUUAAUAGAGAUGGAGCCAAUAAGCUUCUAUAGAAACUACUCUAAAAACAGAAUUCAAUAGAGAACAUCCGUUCUUUAGAACUUUAAACCAAUCUAUAGAAUUUCAUAGCAACUAGCAUGGACAUAAUUCUCUAUGGAAUUCUACAGGUGGUUCAGAAAUUCUAUAGAUAUGUAUAAUUUUCUGUUAAAUUCUAUUAAGUUUUUUCCAUAAGGUAUAGAUGUGCAAAUGACCAAUUGUUGCACAGAUUUGAUGUAAUUGUACACAAAAAUUAAGCAUGCAAUUUUGAAAAUAAGGCACUGUAACAUUUAAAAAUAAAAAUAUGCCUUUCAAAAUUACAGCUUUGGGGGACAAAUUUUACCUAGCAAGCUAGAAAUCCCAAAGCAACAACCCUUAUUCUGGCCCUGUAUGGCCUUUGAGAGAAGGCAUUCCACAAUCUAUAUGACAACUGCCAAGAUGUAAUCUGUACUGCAGUCAGGAAGUAUGAUUCACUUGUUGAUGCAUUUACACCUUUGAUCCACCAAUGGUCAUAUGCACAUACAUUUGCACAGAUUUAUGCCUCCAUUUGGAACAGGAUGUGAAGCUGUUAUCAGCCAGAACACAGGUGCAUAUUAACGCUGCUUUUACAAUAAAUAUUAAUUUAGGGGGAUCAUUUUGCUUAUACCAGAAUUUGGCCAUUAGUAUUAUGUCUUACAGCAAUGUAUGUGUGUGUACAUAGUUUUUCAUGCACAAACAUUUUUAACAGGAGUUAGUAGUACAGGAGCUAUAACAACUUGCUUUUAAAUGUUGCAGAUUUACAGAUCUUUGGCCUGCUUUCAUGUUCAUGUGAACAUGCCCUUAACAUUUUGAGUUUGUACAAUACGUUUUAUAUUGCAAGUGAUUUUCUUUCAAUGUUUGUAGCAGGUUUCACUGGGGGCCAGAAGGCCUAGUGGGCAGGCCACAGCUCAAUAGUCUCUCAGAGCCUUGGAAUGGCCUUGCCAGACAGUCUGAGGGCUCAGUAGCCAAGUAACAGUCAGUGUGGUACUCCUGGUGUUCUCGCAAUCAGCCAGAGGAGGAGGGAAGGGUAAGGGGACCCAGGCCCUUCUGCUCCACCAGCUCCCAGCCCAGGGCCUCAGGGGAAAGAGAGGAGAGAGAGUCUCAGCCCUCUCUUAGCUGAUUCACCAGACCAGCCUCCCCUGGGCCCCUUCAUACCUCCCUGAUUCUCUCUUUGCUUUGGGACAUAGUCCCAGCGUUCUGCUUCCCUCUCAGAAGGGGGUUGGUCAACAAUUCAGAUAAUCAGCUGGGAUUUCCCACCUCACUUUCAGCAUCCUCAUUUUUCCCUUGUCGGGGUGAGGAGGCGGUGAGGCCCCUAUUCUCCCAGUCAGGUUUUACUCACGCUCCAGAUCUCUGUCCCAAAAGCUCCAGACAGUCAGUUUCUCCUUCACUCUCCCCCCUGCUUGACUGCACGAGUCCCCUUUUAAGUAGAUCCUCCAUUUGGCGCAUGCUCUGCAGCUGCUGAGGGUCAGGGCCUUCUUGGCCCAGUGCUGCUCCUUCAUGCCCUUAGCCUUAGUAUCAGGUCUGUAAACCCCAUCACAAUGUUGUACCUAUUUUUUCCUCCAUUAUCUUGAAAGAAUUGUUGGUUUAAGUAUGAAAAGUCUACUUAUUGCAUAACACUAUGGGCAAAAUUCUGCUCACGUUACUCAUACAAAUAGUCCCAUUAAAGUUAAUGAGGCUAUUGACAUGAAUAAGCUUUGUUGUCAUGUCUGUUCCCAUUUACAGAGAGAUUGUCCUUUUCAGAAGCACAAUAGUUGCCUGACUCUCUCGUAUGGCAUUGUUGUUAACAUGUAUUGCUAAGCUCCUUUGCUGCAUUUCCCCUACUCUAAAUCAUUUUUAAUAUAUGGCAGCCUGCAUGUAUUUUAAUUUUCAACUUUCCUUUUAUUAAAACAGAAUCAAUUCCAUAUUGUUAUUUAUUAUUUCAACAGCUUGAUUAAAGACCCUAAGUUAAAUCUGGGCUCUGUGGAAGUCUAUGGAUUGACCUCAGUGGGGACAGGAUCUCAGCCCCUGAUUUGAAUUGUAAAGCAAAAAUGCAAUCUGAGUUGAACAUCAUUUGACAUUAUGGGUUGUCCCCAUCUCCUAUGAACUGGGCUGUUGGGAAGAUUGGGUGUUUAGCACAAAACACAACCAAAUUCUGCAGGAUCUGGCCUACAAAGUUUAAUAUGCCUUGUUUUAACUUAUGUUUCCCCUCUGAGAAAUCCUGGGUCCUUUAAAGUGUCCUAGAUGUGUAUUUAAAGAGUGAGCUUGGCUUUGUGCAAAGAGCCAGCACAAGGGCUGAAAGCCUGGUCCCAUUAACGUCAAUGGCAAACCUCCCAUUGACUUCAGUGGAGCUGGGAUUUCACCCAACAACUAUCCACCCCCUAUGUGGUUCUCAGGUAGGACUAAGGGCUUGUCUACAUGGCAAGUAAUUGCCUGGCAAGCGAGUGUGUGAAUCUCCAGAGCAGCAGCUUGCCAUGCACCGUCCAAUGUGGACACUGCUACAGCUUACUGAAGUUCCAGAGUGUGCCUUGACUUACUGCACUCUCAAGUGUUGGUGAGUCUUUGUGCUAGCCUCUCUGUGGGCUUGAUUUCACCUCACAAGAUAGCAAACAAACAAUUAUAAAUGGUUGAAUAGAAAAGUGUAGAUAUGAUGCACUAUCCCGGCUUUCUGACUCCUGUGUCUCUGCUUUCUACCACAAACUGUCCCGCACCACGCAGAUAGCAAAAAUGGAGCGUUAUGUUUCACAAUCAAAACUGGUCUGUCGUCAGAUGACAGCCAGCCAUACUAUCCAUUGUAGCCCCACGGAAUGCUUGAAAGUAUCCCAAAGACAUUUAAACUCCUAUCCACAAAUAGAAUGAUGCUAAGAAGAAGAAGAGCCAGGUGUACACACACACA